ACUUGUCUUUCAGAUAGCACAUUUCUGAAAUUGCACAAACUUCUGAACUCACUCAAGCUUAACGUUUGAAGUUAAAGUCUGUCUAUCUCGAACUGUUCUUUCACUCUGUCCAGAUGUGCUCUGCAUAAUUCCUUUUAACUCUUUUGAGGAACAGAAACGCAAGUGACUUGCACGUGAACUAGAGCCAACACAUGGUUUUUGACUGAGUGUACAGUAGUAGACUUUUUGAAUGUAGUAGAGAUAGAGUAUUUUAAGAAAGUUCAGGGUUCUGUUAUGCUUUUUUGAGUUUAUAGUUUCAUUUUUUUUUUACCUUAGUGUCUCUGACUUUUGAGGAUCUUCUUGAUUUCGGACGAUGAAGUGCAAGAUCUGUCUGAUCUAUGCCUCCAUAGUAAUCGGUGUGCUGAUGCUCAUAGCAGGCAUUAGCAUCAUCGUGGCUGGAGAUCUGCACACACGAAUACAGAACAAGCUGAAAGGGGAGAUCACUCUGACUGAAGGCAGUAAAGUGUUCCAGACAUGGAAGAAUCCUCCUCCUCCUGUGUUCAUGGAGUUUUUCUUCUUCAACGUCACAAACCCAAAUGAGUUCAUGGCUGGAGAGAAACCACGUGUCACGCACAUGGGACCGUACACCUACAGAGAGUACAGACCCAAGGUGAAUGUCACCUUUGUGGAAAAUGGGACCAAAGUUUCUGCUCUCACCCCUAAAACAUUUGUGUUUGUGCCUGAAAUGUCAGCUGGAGACCCGAGCGUGGAUCAAGUAACUACUGUCAACAUCCCAGCUAUAGCGGUGAUGAGUAAAUUAAAGGACUUGAGUUUUUGGGUCAGAUCAGGCAUUGCUAUGUACAUGACUACAAUUAAGACCACCAUGUUUAUGACUCACACUGUGGAUGAGCUGCUGUGGGGCUUUAAGGAUCCACUCCUCACCCGUUUGCAUGCUUCCAGACCUGAGGUGGAUGAAAACUUCGGCCUCAUGCUAUAUAAAAAUGGAAGUAAUGAUGGAGAGUUUGUUUACUAUACUGGAGAAAAUAACUACUUGGACUACGGCCGUAUUGAUACCUGGAAGGGUGAAAAGUUCACGUCGUUUUGGGGCACAAACCAGAGCAACAUGAUUAAUGGGACAGAUGGUAGUGCUUUCCACCCAUUGCUGACGAAAGAGGAGCGGUUGAAUGUAUUCACUCCAGACCUUUGCAGGUCAAUCUACAUGUUGUUUGAGAAAGAAGUGGUGGUCAAGGGGAUUCCAGCAUAUCGGUACACACCUCCUCGUGAUGUAUUAGCCAGUGUAAAGAACAAUCCCGAAAAUGAAGGUUUCUGCCUUGAGAAAGACAAAUGCCUGGAUGACGGAGUCUUAAAUGUGGCGGUGUGUCGCAAAGGUGCUCCGGUCAUCGUUUCUUUCCCUCAUUUCUAUCUGGCUGAUGAUAAAUAUGUCAAUGCCAUAGAGGGAAUUAAACCAGUGCAUGAACUCCAUCAGACUUUCCUCGAUCUGAACCCUACCACAGGUAUUCCCGUUCGUGCUGCCAAAAGAGCCCAGAUAAACAUUAAACUCGAUAGAAUAGCAGGAUUUCCAUUGACCAGAAACCUGAACAGCACCAUCUUCCCUGUCAUGUUCAUAAACGAGUCCGUCUUGAUUGACGAUGCAUCAGCUCAGAAGCUACAGAACCUGCUUUUGAUUGUGAAAAUCGUUCCAAUCUUCCCUUUUUUCCUACUGGGUCUGGGAGUCAUGCUGUUACUGAUCGGCCUUUUCCUCCUCAUGCACAGCUACCAGAAGAUGCGCUCAGCAAAGACAGACACGAUGUACUCUCCUGUCAACGUUAAAGAUGACGAAUCAGUUGGGAAGAACGGCACUUUUAUCAGCAUGACGCCUGUGGAGAAGUCUUGAACAGGACCUGCUGGUGUGUGUGUGUGUGUGUGUGUGUGUGUGUGUGUGUGUGUGUGUGU